AUGGAGAAAAGUAGCAAUCAGGAACUAAUAGAAUGGGAUGAAGAAAUGCAGACCAACGUCAACAAGGGAUUUUGCAGCCCUGAUGAUGUGCUGAAUCUGUCUGGAGAUCAAAUGGACAAUGUUAGACUUUCACAGCACGGUUCAGGAGGUGAUGACAGCAUCAGUUUUGAUGUCCAUUGUGUGACUAAUUUGGAGGAGAUGAAUGACAGGGCAUCACGUGAACAGCACCUCAGUGUAUCCAUUGAGGGUGUUAUGGGUGCCGACUGUCUGAGGACACCUCUGAGCUCGAAGACAGAGGUGGAAUGUGAAAACCAAUUUGAGGACUCUUCUGGCACUAAACCAGUUAGUCCAUUGGGGCAACAAGGCAACGUUGGGCACAUUGAAGCAAUUAGCUCUGAAGAAGGUCCAAUCGUCACCAAGCUUGAGCCCGUUCUUACACACUCUGUCCUCACUGAGAACUUGAGGACUUUUGGUGAGAACACGAGGGGCCAAUUGAAUAACCAUACAAGCUCUUUUUCUGCUUGCCUGCCAGACAGUAUUUUAGAUGGAAUAAAUCUGAAUGUGUCAGAGGUUGGACGCAGGGUGCUGUUGGCACCGUAUACCCAAAAGGAGCAUGACAUCCCCACAAUGAAUACUGUUCAGAGUACUGCCGUAGAUCGGAUAUUGUAUGGGUUUGAUUUAACAUGUGAACGAGAUGGAGACCAAUACUCUUCGUUAGAUCAGAUGACCUAUGAUUAUGAUGUGACUUGUGGAGAGGAAGAAGUGCAAUACACCUCUCUGGAUCCAGUCUCCUACAGCUUUGACGUAUCCUGUGAGGCUGAUGAAGAUUUAAACACUUCAGUAGAUCCAAUGUCGUAUGAGUUUGAGGUUUCAUGUACAAGAGAUGAUGAGGAAAUACCAUGUUUUAGUCAAAAUUCCCUUGACAGUGGCAAAAAUGUAGAUGAUCCAACGGCAAGUAUCAGCUGUGAAAAGGCUACCAACAAUGCAUAUGGUGCUGUCCAGUCAUGGCCGAGUACAGAGUUCAUUAUUGGCUCACUUGAGCAUCAAAGCAGUGUGGAAAACUCUUCCAGUGUCUUAGCCUUAAGGAAUGAAGGCAGCUGCAAGAGAGUGGCCGUGACUGAGAUUUCUGUCAAUGUGCCUCGAGACCAAAUACUGCCAACAAAAGACGUUCAUGAAAGGGAACAAGUCCUGACAAGCUUGGGGAAGGAUUGUAUUCCUGCAGAAAUGAAGGAAUAUCCUGCCUACUGUGAACCAGGACCUGUACGUUACCAUGAGCAUCUCAGUACCUUGCAGGACAGAGAACCCAGUCAGUCGGCGAUGGAUGAGCGCUUCAGUAAGCAGCGUGAUGGUGGCAGUGUAGAACCAACCAAUACCUCAGUGACCAAUUACACUCUCAGCCUUUGUCAAGCUGCAUCGUGGGACUGCUCGAGUGCAAUCGGUACAGACUGCGUAGAGGAGCUUUCCCAGUUCUCUGCUAAAUCCUCUGUAGAGCAUGGCAUGGAAUCUUCACGGGCUACCUCAGUUCAGUCGAGCCAAAGGUCGUCAAGCCUCGAGGGCUGUGACAAGCUUGACGUUCCAGGCAUGCACAGUGCAGAGAGGCCCUGCGUUGCUAGCCAGGUGGUCCUGGCUACUGAAAGGGAGACAGAGGCAAUUCAGUCAGCAGCCCCUUUGUUUGCUGCCAAUGCACAAUUGCCUGAUGAUAAAGAGAUGCCUCAGGGAAGCACUGCCAGCGCAAACAGGAAAGCCUUGAAUGCAUCUGUGCUGGUCCAGACAGGGCCGAAUGUUAGCCCUGCAAGAAGGGAGGAGGUUGCUGGUGCCGCUGAUAUGUUGUCUUCGGCUGAUGCCUCGAGCCUGGUGUCGGCACAUCCUUCAAACUCAGGGGAACUCUCCAAUCUAACCUCAAUCUCAAUGGAAACCAUAGGUAGACCAGAACCAGAGACCUUUCAAGCAGGAAAUCUGAACAUAGCAGAAGGACGAAUGGGAGUGAGCAAUAGCUCUGACUCAGAAGGAACAUCCAAGGUACUCUUUCCAGCUGUGAAUGAGGAGCAAGCUGCCUUUGAAGAGUCAGCAGCAUUGAGUGAGCCAGUCUGUUCUCCAAAGCCACUGGCCACAGUCACAAGCUUAGACCGAAAACAGGAGUUGGAACAAGUAGAUGAUUGCUUAGGACUGUCAAAAAAAGACAGCAAAAAAACAUAUUUGGUUUCAGGGAAGAGAAGUGAAAAGGAGGAGCAAUUUGCCAAAGGGGUAGAAGAGUCUAAUAGCAAAGAGUUGCCAAUAGAAUGCAAAGUAAUCUCCAGAGAGACCUCGGCAGCUUUGACUGCUUUGGAAUCAGAAGAAACCUUCAAGCAAAGUCUGGACCUUUCAAGUGAGCACAGUAAAGUCAGUAAAUACCUGAACGUCAGUAGGGAUUACCGAGUGGAUUGUGUAAAACCAUUACUGACACCUGUGAUGGGGCUAAUGCUGCCCAGUGCCAGCGUCGGGGAGAAAGACCCUGGGGCGGCACCUGCUGUGGUAGCAACAAGGAAUCCUGUGCCUUUGGGUGAACCAUCUCUUUACACUUGCACAAAGUGUAGCGUCUAUUUCCAGGACAGGGAGUACCUACACAGGCACAUGCUGGACCACUUUGACGGACAUGCCGAGGAAGGAUUUGCAGGGGGUCCUCGCCCGUUCACCUGCCAUGAGUGUGGCCAUGCUUUCUGCGACCUGGCCUCUCUUCAGACACACCUGAGUCUCCAUCAAGAGCGCAGGGCGAGCUUCAUGGAGGCCUUCCAGGAACUGGCUGACCCACGGGGCGAAGGGCAUGGGGCCAGGCAGCAGGCCACCUUUGGGACCAACCCGGCGAAGCUACCAGGGGAGCGGGCUGAGGUGCAUGCCCUCAAAGUGCCUCGCCAGUGCCAUCUCUGCCAUUUCCAGGCAGCCACGGCUGAAGGAUUUCAGGAGCACCAGUGGCGCAACCAUCCAGGCGGGAUGGAGAAGAGCAAGACUCUGCGCACACCCAGUCUCGGGUUGCCAACUCAGACCGCCAACUCAGAUCUGCGGCUGAACCAGGAGUGUCCUUCCUCUAAGAGAGUUGAGAGUCUGUAUAAAGAACAGAUGAAACUCAGCCAGCAACACGUCCAUCAGCAAAAGUCAGGCUGCCCUCCGACAAGGCCACUAUGGCCUUCUGCUGGCCAAGGAGCUGAGGAUUCGUACAACCAAUCCAGCAACUGUGAGAGCUCUCCACGAUUCCUGCCAUUGAAUAAUCUGGGUGAUGGCAAGCUGGAGAUAGAGUCAUUGCCUUCAACUGCAAGAGGACCAUGUAGCUAUGAAGACAACCGCCCUCUGAUCUUUGAGGGGGAGCAAAAGGGCAAAACCAUCCUCGAUGUCCCAGAAGUGGAGAUUGCCAAGUUGAAAACUCACUCGGCACUGGACAUGACGAAGCGGGCUGUGCUGCAGAAUACGCAGUUCAAGUCACCAGUGGGCGUGCCCAAUUACACGGGUUUGUGUGAAAGUACAGGAACAAACAUCCCUCCCUUGCCCAGAGGAAGCUUUGCUCCACAACAAGGGGCUGUUUGUUCCUCUCGUGACCAGCUAAAGAACAAAAUAGAGGUAGGUGGAGAAUAUCAUGCCAGUCAAAGAACUGCCCUGACUUACAGGAAAAUUGUAAUAGAUCACUUUGCAUCCAGAAUGGGCACUGGUGGACCUUCAGUCCACAAAGAUAUCGUGAGGUUAAAGUCCGAUUUGGAGGACACUGUGGGAAAUAAAACUUGCUCUGUUUCAUUUGGUCCGCGAGACAGUCUCAAGCAGAAGACCUCAGGCUUGCCAGGUCACCGAAUUCAAAUCUGUGACACUACAGCUCUUCCUACUAAGAAAGGAAGGAUGUCUACAAAUCCAAGUGCCACCUCUUGCCGACCUAGAGCAGUAAGAAAGUGCACAAAAGAGCUGCUUAAGACUAUCAAUAUUCCACAAGAUCUGUCAGUUGACCAACGUCAGCAAUUAGUGAGAAUGACUUCUAUAAUAUUACUUGAUAAAACAGAAAGUCAGUCAGCAUGUGACUCUGCCUUGGAAGAAAAGGUGUUGGGUUCUUCCAUGGAACCCAAGGAGGGUCAGCUGCAACGUGAACCCGGGGCGAGCCAGCUGCAACGUGAACCUGGAGUGAGUCAUUUGCAACAUGAACCCGGGGCAAGCCAGUCCCAACACUUGGGAAGACGUUCCCAAUAUGAGCCCGGGGAGAGCCCAUCUCAGCGUGAGCCCAACUGUGAUGAAAGGGAAUUAGCUUCUUCUGUGGAAGUGGGGUUAGACAAAGGCAUCCUUUGGGAAGUGCCCAGUGAAGAUUUACCACUAGAUCUGAUGAAAAAGUCAAAAGACCUCUUGGGCAAGAAUUUAUUACGCAUGUUUCCACUGGAAGAAAGAGAGUGUCCCUACUGUCCAGAUAAAUUCCACACUGGGAUAGGUUUGGCCAAUCAUGUACGAGGGCAUCUUAAACGAGUUGGCAUCAGUUACAACACCCGGCAUUUUAUUAGCGCAGAAGAAGUUACAGCAAUUGAAAAGGAAUUCUCAUUGCAGAGGCUGAAGAGGAAAGCCCUGAAGAUCCGCGGCAGCGCGGUGGAAAGGUGCAACCUGUGCAGCGCCAACUUCGACUCGCGGGCGGGGAUGUCGAGCCAUGCCCGUGCCCACCUGCGAGAGCUUGGCGUGAUGUCCUGGAGCGCCACUAGCUCCCCCAUCGACCUGCUCAAUGAGCUCCUUCAGGAUCUGGCCCCAUCCAGCCUGGCCGACAGCCAACCCAGGCUGGACAGCGGCCCCUGGAAACCCACCAGCUACAGGUCCGGAGUGACGACAUCAGACGGGUCAAACCCCCGUCCACUUGUGCGACCGUUCACCUCUGCAAAUAACAGUUCACCGCCACUGAGAAACAAGGUGAGGCCUGCGGUCGGCUGGUCGAGCCUGGGCUGUAACGGUCGCUUCCUCCCUCCCGCGUUCUCGAUCGGUUGCGCGGCGCUCGUCCCCGGCCUGGCUGCGCGUUCUCUCCGUCUCACUCCUAAGAUGGCUGCCGCCGCCGCUUCGUCGUCGUCUUCCUCCUCCUCCUCUUCCACCGGCUCCAAUCUGGAGAACCUGACAAAGGCCGAGCCCCGGGAAUGCCCGACGAUGAAAGAAGUGGACGGCCCUGGCGAGGCAGUAAACAGUGAACACAUAAGCUGUCGGUUGUGUGGUGCCUGCUUUGAAACCCGGAAGGGGCUGUCGAGCCAUUCUCGAGCUCACUUGAGGCACUUUGGAGCGGUGGAUGUGGAUUCUAAAGGAUCUCCGAUUGAAGCUUUAAAUGAAUUCAUUAAGAAAAAAGGGAUUCAGAGUGCUGUGUCAUCCAUGUUGCCAAUAAAGAAAGCACACAGCUACCCUAAGAUGUCUGCCCUCAAAGCGGAAAGGACCAAUUUCAAGUUAGGAACACCUGUCAACAAGAAAACAUCACUAACGUCCCCUUCAGUGUCACCACAGAAGAAGCUGAAGCAAGUCACUAUGAGUGUGCAUAUGGAAUCUGGGAUUUCUCAGGCUUCAAGACCUAAUAAUGAGCUGGCUGCUGAAACUUAUUGGCCAUCAUCACCUAUAAAUCUGUCAAUUGAUUCAGCGCCUAGCAAAGAGACGCGUUGUGAAUUUUGCGGUGAUUACUUUGAAAACCGCAAGGGGCUGUCGAGUCACGCGAGGUCACACCUGAGGCAGUUUGGGGUGACUGAAUGGACAGUUAACGGUUCGCCAAUAGACACAUUGAAGGAGCUUAUGAAAAGGAAAAUGCAUCCUCUCGACUCGCCUAUCACACCUGAGCUCAAAAUGCCCUCAAAGCCAGCACCAGUGCAGGCCCUGCAGAGUGAACCUUUCUCGCCCUCUCCGGGUAAAUCAUCCAAGUUUAGCCUGACCAUUCCAUCUGUCAGGCAGGUUCCAUCAGCAUCACUAGUGCCGAAAAAGGUUCAGGGGCAAUUUUUCUCCCCGCCAUCACUGAAAAAACUGAAGCUGACCCCACUGAAAAAGGUGAAACAGGAGCACUUCACAAUAGAGUAUAAUCCUGAGGAAUCAGCAACCUUGCUGAAGAGCGACAGUUAUUUAUCCGAACAAAUGUGGUCAUCCAGCGAAGAUACCUCACCUCUUCGUUUAACAGUUGACCAACCCAACAAGGAUGUCCGUUGCGAGUUCUGUGGUGAAUACUUUGAGAAUCGCAAAGGGCUAUCGAGCCAUGCCAGGUCACAUCUGAGACAGUUUGGUGUGACAGAGUGGACUGUGAAUGGUUCACCAAUUGAUACGCUGAAGGAGCUGAUGAAGAGGAAAGGAAAGCCUGAGCCACUUAGCCAUGAAUCAGUGCAGCAGGAACUGCAACGAGAUCCUGAAAACUACCUGUACGAGGAGAAGCCAAUUUCUAAGCCAUUCGGUCAGCUUAUUAAGUCAUCUGGCAAGGAGGUGCAGCAAAAGCACCUGACAUCCACAGCAAGAAAAGUGUUAACUUAUAUGCCCAGCAGCCAACAUGCGACUGGGUCACCACUGGGCAAGAAGAUACCUAUGGGUUUUGUGUCAACUGCACCACUAAAGAAACCCAUGCUAGAUGAUAGAAAUCUGACACCAGAAUUGAAACCCAGCUAUGCUCCAGGGUCAGGCUUGUUUAAGCCAAAGGCCACAUGGUCCCCGCAGGAGAAGGUGGCAACGAGUCCAGUAAUAGCCGCAGAUACUUGCUGCGAAUUGUGCGGCCACUACUUUGAAAACCGGAAAGCUUUAGCCAGCCAUGCCAGAGCCCAUCUCAGACAGUUCGGGGUGACUGAAUGGCACAUCAACGGUUCACCGAUAGACACCCUGAGGGAAUGGAUCCGCCAGAAGCCCAACAUUGGCACGGGUGCUUCCCUGAACUGUGUGCAGGACCGCCCUCUUCCAAAACCCAUCAGAAACAAUAUCAAAUCUGUGGUUAAAGAGCUGUCGGGGGACCUGUGUUCUCUGCCAGGGGGUAAGACAGUGAAGUUGGAGCCAGUGCAGCCCAAAACAGUAGAGCUGGGGUUUCCGGCCUCACCGGUACAGAAGAAUCCAGAGACAGAAAAAAUGCCUCCGACAGAGUGCUACAUCCCCACAGAUCUGAGCCAAGGCAGCAUUACUGAGUGCACCCCGAGCUCCUCUAUGCCAUCUGAGGACGAUGAGCCACAUCCAAAGAAAAAGAGAAAGCACCCAGUCAAGUUAGGAACCUGUGAGUAUUGUGGAGUGACACUAACCACGGGUGUAGGCCUCUCCAACCAUAUGCGUGGCCAUCUGAAAUCUGGAUUGAAAAGGAAGUUACCGAGUCUGUCUCAGUUUGAGGAACUCCACGAAAAGGCUGAACCUGCACUCACCGACACAUACUGUGAGCGUAAGCAGCAUAAGCCGGUGGUAUGUACAGCGAACGUGUCACCAAAACGUGAGGAAGGGAAGGAGACAAAAACAUUCAGGCCAAAAUCAGAGGAACCAAGACCCCCACGAGUGAGACCUGUGAUCUUUCCAGUGCCGAAGCCCGAACCCAUCUCACUGGUGAAGUUUAUAGGAAACAUCUACACUCUGAAAUGCAGAUUUUGUGAUGUGGAGUUCCACGGUCCGCUCUCGAUUCAGGAAGAAUGGGUGAGACAUCUGCAGCGACACAUCCUGGACAUGAACUUUCCAAAGACGGAGGCUGCCCGUGAAGAGAUCUCUGUGUCUACUGACACAGGGAAAUAGGCCAAAUCUGCUGCCUGUGUGGAUACUUGGGUACACUGGGGGCAGAAUGUCCAUUGCAGUCUCUCACAAAGACGCACUCGAUUUUAUGUUCUAGUUUUAGUCAAGUUUGGAAAGAUUCUUCUUUGCCUUGAACGUGUAAACCUCUGUGUAGUAAUGAAAGUAUCUGCCUUAUGGUGAUUUCUUUAGAGUAAUUCUGCAUUGGCCUCACACACUUAGAAUGUAAAAAAAUCAAUUUAGCCCUGAUUAAUUUCAUACAAUGUAAAAUCAGUUAGGUACCCAGUGCACUUCAGGGGAGUGGCAGUGCUUGAUGAGGGCUGCACAGCAUUGUAUUUGGCAUUUAUAUAACCUGAAUCAAAACCACCGUUUACUUAUGAUCCAUUUGAUACCACUGUCAUGCUCCCGGGUAAUGGAUCAAUCCCUCCCUUGGGAGACGAGAAGGAAAGCUCAAGGUGGAUUGUUAAUAAUUAUUUUAAAAAUCCAUCUUUCAAUGUUGUGCCAUUUUUCUUUAAACCACAGUGUAGCAGGUGUUUCUCACAGUGAGAAACACUAUUCACUGUUUCUCAUAUCAAGGCCAGCAGGGGAAGGAAACAAAGCCCAUACGCAGGUAGCUGCCAUAGUGUGGAUCAUUGAAUGAGGGCAGAACCAAAUAAUUACAGGGAGGCGAUAUGGACAUUAUGCAGUCUAUGUACCGUGUGAUUGCAAGUCUUACUGGUUUCGCGUUGGGCUGUGUGUCAUCCAAACCUUGCAGAGAAGAGGCCCAACUAUACAAGGCUGGUUCAGUAUUAAACAAUGUGCUGUGAUGUACCUAGGCUUUGAUAUGGAGGUUAUUUUGCAUGCUGUCAGACUGUAGUCACCGAUCAGAGGUCAGCAGUGCAAUACAAUGCAGAACCAUAAGCGGAAAGUUCACAGUAGGUGUGCCAGCAUCUGAAAAGUGGUAGAUUAGGACUGUUCUGAUUGGCUUGUCAACACAGCACUAAGUAGACGUGUCUGUUUCAAUGCAGCCUACAGAAGGGGAUCUUGGAUACUGUAGAAUGUCCCAGCUUAGCAAGAUCGUAGUCCUAUUGGGAAAUUGAAUAGUUGCUGCUUGUAUUCCAUGUCCUCAAGGUUUUUAUGACCACAACACUGCAGCUGAUGCAAUUUACCAUCAUGCCUGUGCAUAGGUCAAGCCACAUUCUUCAGUGGGGCAGCUGUCAGUGGGCAUAUGGCUACAGGAAUGGAUUGGACAGUCUGAAAGGACAGGCUUUUCCUCCGACUCUAAGAACUAAAUUGCAUUUUUUUCAGUAACAUAUUUAUACUCAUCCUUUUGGGUGCUUCCUAAUACUUAGUUGCUUUUUUAAUAUUUGGCAAAGGACCUAUUUGUUUUUAGAAGUGCUUUGGUCACAAAGUGGCAGUACAUCUGCACAUAAAAAUGUAAGUGUAUAGUAAAACUGUAAAGAUGCUUUCUUUCCUCUUUCAUCCUCUUCUAUAUGCUGGAUGAUGGUUGAUUUUUAGCUAGUUAUAAAGGCAGGUUUUAGAGUCUUUAGCUGUGUUCCUUUUCACAGCUGAGAUCCUCUUGGCAUCUUGUGGUCUGACCAGCUGAGUUGAAGGCUUUGAGAGAUGCCACUUCAGGGCACUUGGGCCUUGGAGGCCCUGCAGCCCUUGCUGGGCUGCUCCCCACAGAUGCCAUGUUCGCAUCACUGCCUCAGCGAAUGUUGAUGGGCUUACUGUUCCAUCUCUGUAAAUGGCAACACUUCCAAGUGUCCUUCCUGCUGCUGUGACAAUGCACCAGUCACUGAUUCUCUGCAAACAAGAUAAUGUAGCUGUGGGGAGGAAGGAGAAGGGGAUCUCUCAAGGCUGCUCACUAGGAAGAUGCUCAUUAAACUCCAAUUCCUGUCCUCUUCCUCCUCCGCUUACCACCAAAUAAAAAUCCUGUCUGUCUGAGGACCACCUCUUUUUUGUUUUGAAAGCGGGAUACAAAAGGCUGUUUUGUUCUGCUAAAGCUGUUCAAUUUAAACCUUAUUGUUUGUGGUCACUUUAUAUUUGCAGUGUUGUGAUGUGAGUCUGUGCAUCUAAUGCAAUUGGACUCCCUGUGACCAAAAAAAAUCUUGUUACCUGUUUGUUCCUGUGACUGUGUAUUGUUGUAACAUGGAGUGUAAUGAAAUAUACCUUCAUAACCAAAGGUGCUAUGAAAUUGGUUGUUUGGUAUCCCAGGAAUAAGGUUUGUUUUUGAGAAUGGACUGCCGUGUCAACACAUGUACAAAAGCUCCUUGGUUGAAUUGGUGGAAGUUCAGACUUCUGUGUCUUGUUUAAAUCAUUUUCACUAUUCAUUUGGAUGCAUAUAGUUUUAAUAUUGUGCUUUUUUUAAGUGUAUUAAUGUGACUAUGCUCUAGGAAAGAUUACAUUCAGUGCAUUUUAACAUCAUGUGAUGCUGUUAAUUCAUUACCUAAAAUUGCUACCACUGCCAAACCUGUUGUUCUUGGUGCUGCUUUCUCGUGUUACGUACUCCUGCAAAAUAUUUGGCAUUUGCCCAGGGAGACAUAAUCCAUCAUUGUAGAAUUAGGAGCAUCUCUUUGUUAAUGCUCACCAUUGAGUUUAACUGAGAGCCUAAUGGUUCUGUAAAGCUUGUGUGAAUCAAUCCUGGUUCUGGUUGCUGCUACAUGUCCUCAGAUGCUAAGUGAGUCUGUGUGAUUGUGUAUUUGGAGAACAUGCAUUGCAGAGUUGGCUGCAGUUCUCCACAGGUUCAAAUGUUGAUUGUAUCCCUGGUUUUAAAAAUCAAGAUUAAACUCAGAUCUUGAUUACAUCCUUGGUAUUAAAAAUCUAGAUUAAGCUGCAUCUCUCCACAAAUGCCGGGGCAGUGAGCAGGCAGGUACUAUUGGAAACACCAAAAUGCACCUUUGGAGAUUUUUCUUUGGUGCGUCUGAUUGGCAUGAGCUGUUUUGCAAAUUCCUAUUAAUGUUUCAGUGGUCAGUCUCUAAAAUGCUGUAGAAAUGACUAGUUCAUACCCCAAAAUUUAAUGAAAUAUUCAGGGUCAUUGGCAUUGACUGUUAAUACUGUUUUUGGGGAUUGAAGUGUUUUUGCAGGUCACUGUUUAGUGUGCAGAUGAGCCUUGUGAUGGAGUUGAAGAAAUUUAGACAGCGACGAAGGAAGACUCUUACAACCAGCUUAGAAAACAAUUGUACACGUUUUGUUUUUCGAAGAGUCUGAGAGGAAUUUUAAAAGCAUAUUUUGGGAAUCUGAAUACUGUGUAAAGUUUCUUAGAGCAGGAUGGUACCUCUAAAAUGGUUGAUGUGCUUGUAUUUUGCUGCAAGUUUCUUACUUUAUUGAUGCAGAGGGAACUUCUUAAAAUGCUUACUAUUCCUUGUACUAUAACCUGUUGUUCUCGCAUGUAUUGUUAAAUAUUAUUCUCAUCUAUGUUUGUAUUUUAACCUGAUUUUUUUUAAUACAAAUGUUACCACAAUAUGAAUUGGAUUUGCAUCUUGUGUAGCUUUCAAUUUCUUUGUGCUCAUAUUGAGAUGUUUCAAAAGUAAAUGUCUCUUGUUUUAGGGUGCUAGUUUUAAACCAUUUCCUCUUGCACCAUCAGUUCACCAUCUGGCAGAAACAUCCCACUGUAUGGCCUCUGUCCAAUUGGGGUUGGAUGAUGGUACGUUGCCCUUGCAUAUGAAAGAAAAGUUGACAUUUGUUAAUUUCUUCAUUUCUCCCCCCUCUCAACUGAAACAGGUAGAUGCCCGGAUUGGGUUUGCAUGUCAUAGUGAAUGGUGGAAUUCUACAAUAUGUGGUGGUAGUUUGUGGGUACAGAGUAAUGUUACAGGGAACUUGGGAAUCAAGCUGCAUUACUGUCAAGUAAGUGGUUGGUAAUUGCUUUUAUUCAAGUUAUCUAAACACUGAUCUGAGAAGUAACUACGGUAUUUUAUGUGCAGGUAGGGGGAUAUUAAUCUCCAGGUCAGCAUAACCCUUUUGAUAAAAGAUAAUCCAUGCAUUGCUUAGUCAGGAAGAGCAAAGAGCAAACAAAAGCAAAGUAGAUUAAGGGAGGGAUUCCAGACUUUGGGGGUACCGAGUAGCUGAAAGCAAAGCCACCAACAGUGAGUGAUCAAAAGUUAAUCUUUGAGUAAAUUAUUGUGGUGUUCUUUGUUGGAUUGAUCAUCUGACUCAGCCUCUGCAGAAUUUCACUGGGCUCCACAAAGUUGUUUCAUUUUGAAUGUGCCAGCCAUUUACUAUUUCUGCAAAAUAAAUAAUGUGGUACUGUUCAGGGUCCUGGAAUUCAACUCCAACAAUCCUGUCAAAGCACAGAGUGAAUCCCCAGUAGAGCACAACCAGUAAAUGUAACCAUUCUUCUUUCUGGUUUGUUCAGGACUGUGCAAUCAUAAGCCUAGUGCUCACCUUUUGUUAGCUUUCUCUAAUGGCUCAUUGCAUAAAUUGCCCUGUAUUUUUUUUUUUGCAGGUCAGAUUCUAAGUUGUUUCAGAGAUAGUAGGAACUGCAGAUGCUGGAGAAUCUGAGAUAACAAGGCUGAAGAAGGGUCUAGGCCCGAAACGUCAGCCUUCCUGCUCCUCUGAUGCUGCUUGGCCUGCUGCGUUCAUCCAGCUUUACGCCUUGUUAUCUAAGAUUCUAAGUUUAAUUCCCAGUCUCUGUUGAACAAGUUACUCUUGGUCAGAACUCGUUAGCUUUUCUGUUCACGAUUCGUGGAAAUUUGGCAUGUUACUUUAGUAGCUGAGAACAGGAUUUGCUUCAGAUAAUACCUGGUGACUCUAACUGCUGAAAUCUUGUCUAGUUUUAUCCCACACCCCAUGCAGUGUUUAAAAUGUAAAACUGGUACUCAACUGCAGUGAAUCUGAGCACAUUCAAGAUGGUUGCAAAACUGGACAGAAACGUUUUGUCUGAAAUGCACAUAACAUUUCUUAUGCAGGCUGUAGAACAUCCACUCUCCCAGUUCAAAUAUUUUCCCAGCCCCCUUGAAUCGCCUGGUUAAUCGGUUGUAGUGGUGGGGGAUUGAGGGUCAUUAAAUGAUGUAUGAUCUAUGCUAGUAUUUAAGUGGGCAUGCCAUAAAGCAGUCUGCCUCUUGACACAAAGUUAGCUGAUUAAUUAGUGUUCUUGGGAUCCUCUAACUAGGCACAGAUUUGAGGGCAGACUGAUAGCCCACCAUCUGGAAUAUUUGGCAUGCGUCUAUUGAGUAAAUGACAUGGGAAAGUGAUUUCCAAGAACUUUUAGAAAGUUCAAAUGCAUAGCUUAUGUAUCUUUAUACUGCAGAGCCUGUACUUUUUUCUCUUCUACUUCUACUCCAGCUUCCUUCAGUGCUUUGUGGUUGCAAAAAUGGUUAGUAGUUUACUGAUAUUUCUUCAUUUACCGGGACCCUGCAUAUCAUUGCCAACAUGCUGUUGUGUUGAACAGACAUGAGAGGUUAUGCAAUCCAACCUAUCAGCUUUGAGACCCCUGAAACACAUUCUGAUUUAAUUUACCAAGGAGCUUUUAAAGCAUUACUUCACAAAAUUAACUGUCCCUAUUACAAAUGAUCCUUUCAGUGCUUAUUGGCAGUUGUCUCCUUUUUAAAUGCCUGCAGUACAAAGAAAUUUUUUAAAAAUCAUUUGUCCAAACUUUCAGCAGAUGACUUGUUUUGUCAUCUGUAACACACGUCCAAGUUAAUAUUUAGUGUCUCAAAUGCUGAUUAUUGGGGAAUGUGCACACCUGACUAGCCUGUCAGGUACCUCCUGCUUUUAUUAUUUCUCCAAUUCAAAUGGUUCUGCAGAGUAAGAUCAUAAUCAUAUGUGUGUUAACUAUGGUAGACACAGAAUUGACAGUUUUUGAGAGAUACCAAUUGGAGCUAUGGUAUUAUUUUUAAAUCCCCUCCCCUGUCAAUCUCGUAUGCUGUUGUGAAAACAAGUUGCAGUGACUUCCAUUAAAUAACCUGGCAGACACGUGGUCAAAAUACUGUUGCUCCCCUGAAAUUUCUAAUUCUCGCUAAUGUCAAAGGACGCAUCUUUUCACAGGGAGUCAUGGAUUAUAAUCUGAGUUGAACAUGGGACCAUAAGCAUGACUUGAUGCAGGGUUUGUCAGGUCAGGUUAUGGUUUGCCAAACUACAUUGUCUGAAGAAAUGCUCACAGGUUAGAGAUUUCCCUGAUUAACUAUUGUUUGUGAAUUGGGCAUCAACAGUGAUUUGGUUUCUGUUUGAAGGGGAAUCUGUUUUGCAAAUAAUGUUCAGUAUCAAUUAAUAGAAAUGUAGUCGGUAUGUAAAUAUUAAAGGAUGCAUCAUUUUCUAAUGAACAAUUCCAACACAUUUUUGAAGUGUUAAAGCUUUCCUGUAGGUGUGAGAUGCCCAGUCCAUUCUAUUAACCCAUCCCAUAGUUUAAAAAAAAUCACAUCAGCUUUUGUACAAAUUGUAUUUUACCGGUUAAAAGUCACUUUUACAGUAGGAAUUUUAAUUCAUUGUCUUAGUGUUUCACUGAUGCCAGCUAAGUGAAGUUGCCGAGGAAUAAUUGGACAAGCUUUUUGAUAUUGAAGCAACAAGUCCCACGUAAAAUAAGGAUCUCUAAAGUAAAUGUAACAGGUCUAGGCCUGAAAUUAGCUGAUGCAUUUUGAAGAUUUUAAAUUUUAGUUUCAAUUUAUUGUAAAAUAGUUUUCACCUGUGACUCAUGCUUUCCUUAGCUGUAGUACUUAAAACAAUUUGUGGUGAUAGAACAUAGUCCUGACAUAGAGGUUAGUUAAGCUCCAAACAUUUGGUAGGGGUAUAUGGCUUAAGCUUGAUUUUUAAAAUAAAAUAUCAUGAGCCAGAAUGAGAGUAAAUGGAGUAGCUGCGGCAAGGAUAUAUCUACAAAUGAAAGUUCAAAAGGUGGAGUACAGAAGCUCCCCUAAUGCUGUGUUCUAUAUAGCCUCUGCAUUGAAAUUUUUGCCUCUAAUCACGUGAUUGGUAGAAUAUAGCUGUCAAGCUUAUGCGUAUGAUUUGCUUUGUGGUAAUUCCUAUAGGUAACAUUUAAUUUUCUUGGCCUCUAGGAGGUGCACAAGCAUCUCAUUUGUUGUUUACAAAUCUCUCACUGGUCAUUUCGAAGCAGACAUUCUUUCUUCCAUUCUCCAAUACAUUUUCUAUACAAACAUUUUCCAGCUGGCUAUGUAAAAGACCUUAUUUUAACUCAGUGGCUUUUCUAUUCCCUGUUUCUGUUGGUAGUCAAUGCCCUGUUAAAUAAUUGUUGAAAACAAAAUUGCUUACUCUCCAAAGCCACUCUUCGGCAGCUAUGGUGAAAUUUGUGAUCAAGUUUGACAUGAAGCUUCCAAGUUCAUAAUAAUACACUCUUAAACACUACUGCUGCUCAAUUUGUCCUCUGAGCUGUGUAGUUUCUGUUGCUGGGGUCAGUGGAACACAGUAAGGAGGUAAACAUUGCAUUUUUAUAAUUUUUUUUUAAAAAUGUAUACUUGAUUGUGCACAGCUGUAAAGGACUGUAUUUACUAAUAUUUGUACUUGGGAGUUGUUUAUAAAUUUAGAUAAAGCUUCUAAGAUGUGUAUGCAGCCCAAUUUGACUGAAACUUUUUCACUUUUUUUUGGUUCUUGAACUGUUGAGGUUAAAUAAACCAAACUGGAAGCUGAUGCCUCAAAACUGUUACUGCUGUACAUGUUACUGAAGGUUGUGUAUCCAUUUAAUCUAAAUAAACACUAC